UGCUGUUUCCGGUUAGCUUGCCGCAGCGGAGGAGUCCGAUGGAGUCCUUCGUCUCAGUCCGGAGGAAACAAUCAGAGACACAUUCAGACUAAAACCGAGUCCGUGUUAUUAUCAUAUUACUAUCAGAGGUUAUAAAGAGUCUCUGUUGUCUUCAGGCUGCUCUAAGGUUCAGUCCGGCGGGUUCAGAGCCGCGGAUCGUCCGGUAACGACGUCUGUCGGUCUGUUUGUUUAUAUACUGAAGCAGAGCAGCAGCUCGAAGCGGACCAGAACCAGAACCAGAACCAGAACCAGGCCCGGUGUCGGUGAGAGGUUAACGGCUCUGGAGAGAACUCUGAUCGGACCUUUAGAUCACCAAAGAAUAUGACCCAGAUGCAACAAUGACAUCCAGAUUUGGUAAAACCUACAGCCGCAAGGGAGGAGAGGGCACGUCCAAGUUUGACGAGGUUCUGUCCACCAAGAGAGGCACCCUUAGUACCAAAUGGGGCGACACCAAAUACAAGGCCAAGGUGGGCUCCAAGCGUGUCGGUGCGCCCAAGAAUGAUUCUGUCCUGGAGGUUUACAAGAGACCCCGUCCGUGUGAAGAUGGCACGGAGGAUCCGUUUGGAUUUGAUAGCGACGAGGAAUCUAAGCCGGUGUCGUCUCGCAGCGGCGCAAAGUCGUCCCCCGCCAAGCCGACCUCCGCAGAGCCUCCACAAGCAGAAAGGCCAGGGAUUUCUCUGGACCUGGGGAGCAGGUCCAGCCUCCAGGGGGGAUCCCACGCUUUGACAUCCGCUCGAGGGGCGUCAUGGCUGGCCAAUGACAGGAACCAGCCCAGGAUGGUGGAGGACACAGCUCGGUUCUUCAACAGCAGCAGUGCUAGCAUAGGGAAGUCCCAGCAGAGUUCCUCCUUGUCAGAGAACCAGCACAGCUACUCGUGGUACCAAAAUGCUUCUGAGAGCGAUAAGAAGCCCCUGGCGCAGACCACCACCCUGAAGACCGGGUCCAAGGCAGAGUCAACCUACGACUCCUGGGAUGCCAUCAUGGGUCUCCGUCCGCCCUCGCCCAGCCAGGAACCUCGCAACCCGGCCCCCACGCUCUCCUGGGCUACAGCGGGCAUCACCGUGGGCAGAUCUGACCUGGGGCAGAUUCGGCAUGAGAAGCCCCCCUGCCCCCCACGGCUCCACAGCCUCAGCGAGAGCGAGGACCUAGGGGGGGGUGACUCUGACUUCCUAGUCGAGACGUCAGACUACUCCCAGACUUCCUCCUCCUCAUCACUUGUUAGAAACUCGAACUGUCGGACGUACAGGAGGCCGAACAAACAGGGCCCUGGCAAAGCCUCGGACUCCAGCGGCUUUCCCAGCACUGUUGUUGGCACAGAUCUUCCCAAAUCCACAUCUGAAGGCAGUAAUAAGACAACAGGUGGUGGAGGGGGAGGGGGACGGGGACGGGGCAGGACGAGGGACUUCACUGUGCUGCACCCCUCUUCCGUGUCGAUGUGUAACGUCACCAUCCAGGACCGAGGAGUGGAGGAGUAUAGUACCGAUGCAGCGCCCUCUAGUGGUAGCAGUAGUGCCGGGUCCGGCAGCACGACGGAGCUGGGAGAGCCGGGUUGGCAGCGGAAGAAGACGGAACAACAAAACAUAAGGUCCAAACCAACCCAGACAAAGUCAAAGAAGGACAGUAAGCUGAACAUGUUCGGUUUCGAAGACGCAGACGCCAAUCAGGAGGCGAACAGCGCAGACAACACAGACGGCGGAUCUCGUUACAAGAUCCAAUACUUCGGCUUUGAUGACAUGAGCGACAGCGACGGAGCAGAUGAUGACGAUGAUGGCGCUAAAGAGAGUAGGAGGGCCAAGAAGGCGGCGGCUGUGGCGGUGGCGGCGGCAGCGGCUGCGGCCGCCGAGAGAGCUCAGAUGCUUACCAUGGAAGAAACAAUGGCCGACGAGCCGCCUGAUCCCUUCGAGACUCUGGAGAGGCUGCAGAGGCUGGAGAGUCUGGAGAGGCUGGAGAGGCUGGACAGACCGCCAGCCAAGGAGAACAAGAAGAACUCUGAGAGGCAGGAAAGCAGGAUACGAGCAGACGUCAUGGACUUCUCAGAGGAAGGCCUCAGAGUGGUGGCCGGGGCUCCCAGGAGGCCGCCUCAGGGCAAACAGGCCGACAAGAACCCAGACACCUUCCGGAGGAUCUUCAGCGCACACAAGAAGUCUCCCACCAAAGCUGUGUACAACGCCAGACACUGGGCGCUGGAGAGAGAAGAGGAGCCCCCUCCAACUUUCGUGUCACGAUCACAGACGGCUCCUCAGGUGCCCGUCUCAGCGGGAGGAUCCAGUAAGGAGCCCUCCGAUGCUCAGAAGGACGACGGCCUUUUUAAGGCUCCUCCCCCUCCUCCCAAGGUCACCAAGUUUGUCACCCUCCCCACAGAUCUGUACCAGGACACCGUCACUGCACUCAAAUGCCGCAAAGAGCACAAGGAGUUGUAUACAGUCGUCCAGCAUGUGAAGCACUUCAACGACGUGGUGGAGUUUGGAGAAAACCAGGAGUUUACUGAUGACUUUGAGUAUCUGGCUACUGGUCUGAAGAGUGGACAACCUCUCAACACACGCUGCCUUAGUGUGAUCAGCCUGGCUACACGCUGUGCCAUGCCCAGCUUCAGGAUGCACCUCAGGGCCAGAGGGAAGGUGGCUCAGGUCUUCAAAACACUCAUUGACGCCCCCCAACACCCGAACCUGGCUCUGUGUACGGCGUCUCUGAUGUACAUCCUCAGUAGAGACCGGUUGAACAUGGAUCUGGACCGGUCGUGUCUGGACCUGAUGAUCCGGCUGUUGGAGCUGGACCAGGACCAGGGCAGCGGGCCCGCGAUGGAGACGGAGACGGGGACGGACCCCAGCACUCAGUUCAGCGCCAGAGAAAUCGCCAAGAUGAAGGAGAAGAUCAGGAAGCUCUGCGACACCGUGCACAACAAGCACCUGGACCUCCAGAACAUAACGACGGGUCAUUUAGCCAUGGAGACGUUACUGUCUCUGACUUCGAAGCGAGCGGGGGACUGGUUCAAAGAGGAGCUACGGCUACUGGGAGGACUGGACCACAUAGUAGAUAAAGUGAAGGAGUGUGUUGAUAACUUGAACCAGGAGGCCGAGAAGGAGAAGAUGGUGUCGUCUCUGUGGGGAGCUGAGCGGUGCUUACGGGUGUUGGAGAGUGUGACGGUCCACAACCCAGAGAACCAGGGCUACUUGAUCGCCUACAAAGACUCAUCACUCAUCAUCUCCUCUGCAAAGGGGUUGAGUAGAUGCGAGGAGAUGAUCCAGCGUUACAGCAGGGAGCUGAACUCGGACGGAGCCGUGGGGAAGGCAGUGGAGGACUGUAUGAGGGCCAUCAUAGGAGUCCUGCUUAACCUGACGCACGACAACGAGUGGGGCAGUACGAAGACCGGAGAGCAGGAGGAUUUAAUAAUGACGGCUCUGAACUGUGUUCUCAAAGUCCCUCAGUAUCUUCCGCAAGAGCAGAGGUUCGACAUCCGAGUACUGGGUCUGGGCCUGCUGAUCAACCUGGUGGAGUACAGCGCCAGGAACAAGUACUGUCUGAUGGAGAUGGAGAUGGAGGGAGGUCAGGGUCCCUGCGACUCCACCGUCUUGCUGAACCCUCAGCACCAGGACAUCAUCCGCACCGGCCCGCUGAGCGCCAUCGCUGCUCUUGUACUGCUGUUCCUCCAGCGGGAGCGGGCCGCCAUCCAGGCUGAGGCGCAGACAGAUGACCUCAUCAAGGAGGCGCCGAAGCCCCCUCCGGACAAGACCGGGCAGUGGCAGGAGACGGGCGGGGAGAUCCAGUGGGUCGCCAACGACAUCAUCACGGAGAAACCGGAGGAUGAAAAGAAGAAAGCGGAGGAGGAGGAGGAGAAGAAGAAGAAGGAGGAGGAGGAUGGGGAGCUGGACCUCAACAAAGCUCUGCAGCAUGCAGGGAAGCACAUGGAGGACAGCAUCGUGGCCUCCUACACAGCACUGCUGCUGGGCUGCCUGUGUCAGGGGAGCCCGUUGAAUGUGACUACUGUGAGAGAUAACCUGCCUAAAGGAGAUUUCUCCAUCAUGACAGAAAUGCUGAAAAAGUUCCUCAACUUCAUGAACCUCACUUGUGACGUCGGCACCACAGGACAGAAGUCCAUCUCCCGGAUCAUUGACUAUCUGGAACACUGCUAGAGAGAAGCCUGUCUCACACACACACACACACACACACACACACACACACACACACACACACACACACCACAACCAUCUCCUUCAUCUUCAUCACCACCAUCAUCAUCAUCAUCAUCAUCAUCUCAGAAGAAAGAAACACACUUGACACACACUGAACAUCAUCCUCAUCAUCUUCCUCUCCGUGUUGUGACCAGACGUCGUCCUCAUCCUCCGUUAACGGACUUUUCCUUCGUGAAUGAAGAGGUUUUUUUUUUCUCUAAAGUUACUUGAGAUGAAUUUAGAUUAAUUAACCCCCCCCCCCAGCUGUGAUCAGAUUUUACUUUUAUUAAAGAUACAGUCCAAGUCAGUAUUGUAUUUCCCCCCCGCCCGUCCUCUCUUUACAUAAGGGGCUCAGAACCAUUUUUUUCCGGCCGUUAUCUUUCAUCUGUUUUUUAGAUUUUGGCUCAUCUCCUUUCAAAGUUUCCUCACAGUUCAGCUCUUCUCUCACCUGCUCACCCCGUCUCUUUGUCAAAGCACCCCCGCCUUCGUAUCGAUCGGUGACAGAUUGGAGUGGAGCUGCCACUUUCUCCAGCCUGUCAUCAAAGCCUUGCUCCCCUCAGCUCUGCCUCGGGAGCUGAUAAUCGCCAAAACAACUCGAGUGGUUAAAAAAAACAACUACUGACCGAAAUCAUUGCUUUACACACUGUGUUCUUCUUCUUUUCUUUUUACUGCUUUGACCUCUCCACUCCUGCAGGAGGUGGUUUGAGGCAGAGAAAUCAAGUAUUGAUCUUUUCUUGCCAGAGAGCACAGCAAUGACCAGAGUUCAGACCUGAAUUGUGGGCUUUUGUGAAGCUAAGGUGAAGCUAAGGUGAAGAUGAGGUGUUAUUUUGAGGUGGGACAGCCUGUAAAUGUUUGCAUUAGGUCGGGUUUUAGGUGUUUUUCAUCUGUAUAUAACCAGGAAUUGUCUCUGUUUUGGAAGUAAAAGCUUUUUUUCCCUCUGCUGCAAACUAGCUGAAUUUAAAUUGUUCUUCUCACGCCGUUAUCAAAACAGAUCCCAGCAUGCCGAGCGUUCACACAACAACACACCUGAGACUAAAACAGAAUGACCCUUGAGGUUGUUAAAACUCUGGAAACUUCGAGCCACCCACCGCCCCGAAAAGCAGAAAGUUUUUCCCUUUCAAAGAAUCGAUCGCUCUUCUCACUCGACAUCAAAGCUUUGUGUCUCGACGGGACCCGAGCCCUCCGGACCAGAACCUGUCCUCCUUCAGCUCCUUUCAAUUACCGCCCGCUUGUGUGUGUGCUCGCCACUCGGAGAGGAGCCCUCAAUUACAGCACAGAGGCCGCCGAGAUGCCCCGGUCUGAGUGAGAGGUGAAGACGAGCUGCUUUACUUUGGUUUGAACCGAACCGCCAGCAGAGAGGCUUUCAGACAUCAAGAUGAUGUUCGGUUGUUUUGUAGCCAGAAAGACUUCAGCUGUAUCUGUUAAAUCCUAAAGUUCACUUUGUAGUUGUUGUGAAAAAAUCCUCCUCCGAUCCCGUCGACACUGUCAGAUCUAUUUCAUAUUUCCCUAAGCCUGCGUUGUCGUUCCCGGGAUGCAUUUCAGCAACAUCAAAAGGAGACUGCAGGGCUGCGUCCGAAAUCACAUACGAUGCACUGCACAUACCCGAUAUGUGUACUAUCGUUUAACAUACGUCUGUGUGAAUAAACAGUAGUACGUA